AGGGCUGCUGGUUCCCAGAGACCCUCCAGGACGGACGCCCAGUCGCUCUGCCGCCCGCAGCCCAGACACAGCAGCCCCGACACGGACACGGAGCCUUGCCCUGCCGCCCCCUCUGGUCCUCCUCUGGAGCUCCGACCUGUGUGGACUACUAAUGGACGGGAGGAGGCUGAUCUGAAGAGGAACUCUGAAGAGGAAACAGAAGAACUUUAUCUGUCUGGACCACAGACCUCCAGGACUGGAUGUCCUCAAACAUCAGGCUGUCUGCUCCAUCUGGGAACUCUCCUAAACUUUGCUUCACAUUCUGGUAAAAUUCUGCAGCUUUGAAGGUAAUCUGAACAUUUUUACUGGAAUUGUUGAAUGAACCGAACCACUGGUCCGAGAUCAGUUUAGCUGAAAAGUGACGGGAACGUUGCUAACGUCCAGCAGAUCAUUUUGUUCUGGACUUCUGGGACCUUCUGUCUUCGCUGCUGGGAUUUACCCUGAGAGGUUCUGGUCUGACCCUGAGAGGUUCUGGUCUGACCCUGAGAGGUUCUGGUCUGAUCCCGAGAGGUUCUGGUCUGACCCCGAGAGGUUCUGGUCUGACAGGAACCUUCCAGAAGAAGUUCUGCACCAUGUCCUGGUCUCUGGGUUUGUUUCUGCUGCUGUCUCUGAUGUUCUUCACAGAGGCGAAGAGCGUCGGUCAGCCGGACGCCAAACUGGAACCUCUUUGGAAGAAAACCCGGGAUGCCGAGCAGAGUCUCUCCGUCCCUGAGAUGCUGGACCUGGACGUGGACCGCCACCGCCGGUUGAGCCGCGGCGCCGACGAGGACGAGCAGCAGUCCACCUUCAGCCACUCCUUCGAGAACGACUGGGUCACGGCGCCGCAGGUCACCGAGUUCAGCAACGGGACCAGAGUGGCUUCAGGAAGUGAAGACGACAUCCGCGGCAACGUCUCCGACCAUGAGGCCCCGGGACUCUUCAACCCGUUCUACCCGCUGGCCGACGGCUCGUAUGCGGCCUACGCCGUGCUGUUCCUGGCCGGCCUGGUGCUGGCGGUGGGCGUGGUCGGGAACAUGGCCGUCAUGUGCGUCGUCUGGAACAACUACUACAUGAGGUCCGCCUGGAACUACCUGCUGGCCAGCAUGGCUUUCUGGGACUUCCUGGUCCUGGUGCUGUGUCUUCCUGUGGUGGUCCUCAACCAGCUCUCCCAUAGGAGGAUCCUUGGUGACAUCACCUGCCGCAUGGUGCCUUAUAUGGAGGUCGUGUCUCUGGGCAUCGCCUCCUUCACCCUCUGUGCUCUCGGCAUCGAUCGUUUCCACGCCGCCACGUCUUCAUCGCAGCCGAAGGCUCGGCGGGUGGAACGCUGCCGCUCGGUGCUGCUGAAGCUGCUGCUGGUUUGGCUGGCUGCCCUGCUGCUGUCCAGUCCAGAGAUCUUCCUCUGGCAGCUCAGCCAGGCCGUCUCACCGUCCACCGGUCGGCUGGUGGACUCCUGCACCAUCACACCAUCCUCACCGUUAUCCCUUUACCUGCCCGACUCCCUGCACUCGCUGCUGCUCAGGUACCACCAGGGCCGGAUGUGGUGGUGUUUCGGCUGCUACUUCUGCCUCCCUGUCCUCUUCACCAUCCUCUGCCAGAUGGCCACCCGCAACGUCAACAGUGACUCCAGCUCCGCCCAGAAGAAGCAGCGUAGCCACGACGACCGCUCGUCCAAUCAGAAGCGGCAGCAGCACCAGGCGGUGGAGCGUCAGCUGAACUGCACGCUGCUGGCGCUGGCCGUGGUCUACGGCAUGUGCGCUCUGCCCGAACACGUGUGCAACAUCACGCUGGCCUACACGCACAUCACCGUCUCCGAGGACACCGCCGCCAUGCUGGCGCUGUUACAUCACUUCCUGCUGUUCUUCAAGUCGUCGGUGACACCGGUGUUGCUGCUGUGUCUGUGUAAGGCUCUCGGUCAGGCCUUCAUGGACUGCUGCUGCUGCUGCUGCCAGGAGUGUCAGCCAACCACGGCUCAGGGCUCGCCAGGCUCCGCCCAGGUCAAACUGAAGGCAGCCAAUGAGACGUCCAUCUUCUUUGACAAGGCUAAAGACACGUCGGCCAUCUUGUCCAUCUCCAGCUAGAGCCAUGAAUCUUCUCCUUCUCUUAGUUCUCAUUAACACAUCAGUUCCUUUCCUCCAACGAUAGCAUCUCCUCUCUGUCCAUCUCCUUCUCCUCCUGAACACCUCAGGAUCUUCUUUCUUUCUUUCUUUCUUCCUUUCUUUCUUUCAGACCUGUGUUUGUACGAUGUGGACUCAGUGUUUCCCUUCAGUCUGUGCAGGACUUCCUGUUUAAUCUCUAGAAGUUAGAAGAGUUGCUGUUCUUGCACAUCCAGCUGUUGUAGAGCAGGAGGCGGUUCCAGGACUCUCUGGACAGACUCAUCUCCUAGACCUCCUGCUCGGGAUGCAGAGUAGAUGGAAAACCCCGGACGUCCUCUUUCUUCCUUAGAUGAAGCUGUGAAGCUCAGUGUUUUUAUGUGUUCAAUGGAAAUGUAAAUCAAGUGAACUUAGGGCAACCGUUUCAAUGCAAGACGAGUCGGGUGGAGGAGGGUUGGCUGCUGCUGUUGGACGCUACUUCAAUAAGAAGUAGGCUUGAUGUGGGGCUGAUCUUUAGCCAAACUCGUGUUCUGUGUGUUUAAAACAUGGAAAACAUCUUAAAAUGAGUUUUUAUGUUACAAUUUGCUGGUGAGUUUGACUGUUGCACCGCGACAGCUCAGCCCUGCAUCGACCUAUUUCUGGGCUAACAAACAUUGUGUGAAGUGAAUGAGACAGAAAUAACCUCCAUGAACCUGGCUGAGGAUCUUCAUGGUACCUGCAGGAUGAUUUAAGAUCCAGUCAGAGCUCUAUUUAAAACAGAAACACAAAUUAAUUCCUCAGAACACAGAAACAGCAAAAUUAGAAGAAAGUAGAUCUUCUUCAUGAUAAUUUCACCCUGACAUCAAUGGAUCUUACAAAGCUUGGUCGUGGUCAGUUGAUCCACUGUGGAAUCAGUUUUCCUGAGCGACAGAUAAAUCUUCUGGCUUUCACAACACAAAGAACUGUUCUGAGAUCAUCCGGCACUCGAACCACAGUGGUGGAAAACAAGUAUGAUAUUCUACCACAAAACUAAAAUCCUGAGAAGAUUCAGGAAAUUGAUUCCCUGACAGCUGUUUUACAACAGUUUCUUCAUGUGACAACACUAAAUAAUGUCCAGGUGGACCUUAUAGUAGAUUUCUGUCUGGACCUCAUUGGUGCAUCUAGUCCUGGAUUUCUGAAGCGCAAUAAAGAGAUGCAGGUUAUAAACAGCCUUUUAAAAUAAUAAUAAACUUUGAGAACUGAUUUGUCGUCUGCGGGGCUAAAUAAUUAAAGUUCCUGUGCUUCUAGACUAUCUAGAGUUCUUUUUUUUUUUUACCAGAACUGGUUUGUUUCAGAUUUUGAUUUGGAUCUAGAACCGUUCUGAACAUCUCCACCAAAAAUAAAUAAGAACCACAUUAGUUUAAAGAGGAAAAUAAUGACAAACAUCCCCAAACCAAACGUUUUCUAACAUGUCCUUGUUGUUGAAGUAAACUUUGGCAACAGGAUGUUAAAAGUUUAUAGAUACAUAAACCAAUCCACCGUCUUGCUUCUUCUAUUAAUUCUUUAGAUCUGUGGUGAAUCCAUCAGUGACUAAUUAGCAGAAGAAGGAUUCAGGUGAGGUUAUUUCUGUCUCUGACUUGAAGCGAUGUUUGACCAGCAGACUCUGGUUGUUGUGUGCAGCUGAAACAUGAACGUUUGAACCAGUGUGAAGGAAAAUCAGGGCGUUGUCGAAGGUUUCUGUGGUUCUGUGAAGGAUGCGGUGCUUGAUGAAGCUACUAAUCCAUCCUAAAACGAUGUUUCUAAAGAUAAAGAAAGUGUUGAAGCAGUGACGGGAGGCUAACAGGACUCGAACCCUCGACACUGAGGAGGUCUCCAUGUACAGGACGUUUAAACUGUAGUUUUAAGAGGAUUAAUGUCUUUAACACACUCAGACUGUCGAUCAACUAGAACAAACAAAGCAACUGAAGAUAUGAAUGUAGCUUUUUUAAUGCUAGAUGUACGACUAAUGACAUCUUUGUAUGAAGGGAAGCCAGCUAGCUUGUAUUUUAUGUCACAACCAUGCCUUUGUAAUGUUCGAUGUCACAGUGUUAAAUUACAGCGAGUCAGAGCCGA